UACUGUAGCUGCCAUACACUCAUUUUGCAGACUUAUACACUGAUUAAUAGAAGUAUUCAUACCCCCCUUUAAAUUUCCCUACACGUUCUCACAUUAGAAGCACAAACUUCAAAGUAUUUUAUUAGGAGUUUGUGGAGUAUGUGGCAGAUGAAAACAAUGUGAAGACAUAAACAACAACGUUGAAGAUGGAGGAAAAAAAUCUAAGUUUUCACAUUUUUUUCAAUACAUAAAAAUCUGAAAAGUGUUGCGUGGAUUUGAAUUCAGCCCUCUGAAACACUGAGUAGAACCAGCUGUCGAUACCGCUGCAAAUGUUUUGGAGUUUAUCAAAAGACUGAAAUUAUUGCUUGGACUUCUGUGAAAACAUCUGAAGCUCAGUCACACUGGAUGUAAAGUAUCUGUUAUUAUACAUUUUCAACCCUUGCCCCAGAUUCCCAAUAGGGUUUGGACUUUGACUGGGCCAUCCUAACACAUAAACAUCCUUUAAUCUGAACCACUCCAUUGUAGCUCUGGCUUUAUGUUUAGGGUUGUUCUCCCUUGCAUCAUUUCCAUGAAUGCCACUUUGGCCCAGUCUCUUAACGUUUGUUAAAGCACUGACUUUAACUGAGGCAAGUGGAGCUUGCAGUGCUUUGGGUGUUGUUCUGGGAUAUUCUGUGACCUCCUGGAUGAAUUGUCGAUAUGCUCUUCGAGUAAUUUUGGUAGGCCUGCUUCUCCCAUUCCAUGUUUUCUCCAUUCAUGGAUAUUGGCUGUCAUCGUAGUUUUGUUGAGACCCAAAGAAAUGGCUUUGCAAUCCUUUCCAGAAUGGCCGAAGUCAACAAGUUUAUUUCUCAUCUAGUCAUGAUUAGCCUACUUCAUGUCGCCAGACAGGGUUCAUUUAAUUGAUAAGUAAUCAUUCCCAACAGUGGAACUCAGCUUUCUAAAAAAAAAAACAACAAAAAAACGUGGUUAAUCACAGUUAAUUCAUAAUUGAACAAGAGGCCGUUAAGCUUUUAUAAAAAUAAAAAAAAAUCUUUGUCUGAUAUUAACAUUUAGCCGAUGAUCUGAAACAUUAAGCCUAAUGAAAACAGAAUAAAUCUGUAAAGGGGAGCAAACCAUAGCACUACAUGUGAGGGCUGAUUGAUUUUAAAGCAGACAAACGAACAGCAAUCAGCAUAAUAAAAGCUAGCCUGUCCCAAACUUAGGCAUUCAGAAGGGACCGGCUGUUAAAUAAGCCAACAAGCAGGAGAAAUAAGCAGUAGUCAAUACGCAAUUGACCUAGGCGCUCAUAAAACGAAGCAAAACAAUAAUAAAAAAAAACAGUUUUUAAAGCUCUUCUGGGUCCUGCAAUAAGAGGAAAACCGUGCGGUCAUAGAGUACUCAGCAGAAGAAACGUGUGGCCACAGCUCUGCUGAAUGAAAGCCGCUUUCAUUCCGUGCGGCUGACCAAUAACUUUUCUCCUGUUUGAAGUCUCUGUUUUUGUUUUUUUGGAAAAUAUUUUGGACGCGUCAGCCAGAGCAGGCAUAGGGAGGCACACCCACAGCUCAUCACAAUCCCCUCGGCAAGCAGCGGCAGGCUUUGGUCUGGAGGGGCUCCCAGAAUACUUCACAUGCAGGCGACAGGGAGUUUGUAAAGCCGACAGAAAGAAGCCAUACAGACGAGGCUCGGCUGAAGAAAAACCUGCUGCUGGAGAUCUGAUCCCAAAAGAGCCGGAGAAACAGGGAGUUCUUCACUUUUAGGGUCCAUCUUCUCUGCCCCCUGAGCGACAUCCAUCCCCAAGCGUCUUUUGGCAGGUUCAGCUACCUGAAAAGGUCAACUUCAACUUAGAAGUCUCAUCCCUGAAACUAUGGCCAGUUCCGCUGAAGACUAUGAAAACUACACCUAUGAAUAUGAGGAGUACGGUAAUGUGGACCACAGCCAGACUGAACCCAUCCACAUCAUCUCUGUAGUUAUCUACAUCAUCUGCUUCACGCUUGGCCUGAUUGGAAAUGGAGUCGUCAUUUGGGUGACUGGGUUUAAGAGCAAGAAGACUGUCAAUAGCGUAUGGUUUCUCAAUCUGGCCAUAGCGGACUUUGUGUUUGUGCUUUUUCUGCCCUUCUACAUUGACUACAUUUUGAGGGACUUCCACUGGAACUUUGGUCUGUCCAUGUGUAAAAUCAACUCCUUUGUUUCUGUGAUGAACAUGUACGCCAGUGUCCUCUUCCUCACGGUGCUCACGGUGGACAGAUACGGCUCUCUGGUGCACCUGAACUGGUGUCAGAGGUACCGCACAGUACAAAGAGCCUGGCUCCUAUGUGGCUGCGUUUGGCAGGCAGCUGCCUUGCUGAGCUGCCAUGCGCUGAUCUUUCGAGACACUUUACACUUCGGCGAUAAGGUGUUGUGCUACAUGAACUAUCACAUGACAAACAAGCACACAGCAGCUAGGACACACAUUACAUUAGUGUCUAUCCGUAUCACUGUGGGCUUUCUUUUGCCACUUACUGCCAUAAGCGUGACGGGCAUACUUCUGUUGAUAAAAGUAAGGCGAUCACAGGGUGUGUUUCGCAUUUCCAGGUUCUCAAAAACAGUUGCCGCUGUUAUUCUGGCCUUCUUUUUCUGCUGGGCACCUUUUCAUAUUUUCAGCUUGAUGGAGUUGUUUGUACAUUACUCGUUUUUGCUGCACAGCGUUUUGAAAGCUGGUUUCCCGCUCGCCACCAGCUUAGGCUUUUUCAACAGCUGCAUUAACCCGCUGUUGUACAUGCUGCUCAGCAAGAAGGUGCGUCGCAUCCUCAAAGACUCGUGUGUAAACAUAACCAAGAGUUCGCUUAGGGAGCUAAGCCAGUCCAUCUCCACCACAGAGGUGGAGAAUAUGCAUGGAGUCCAUCAGGACAGUGUCCCAGACGAGCACACAGCUUCGUCGACGCUAUGAGAGAAGGGGGACUUGCUGUUCUUUCCAGGCUCGAUGUUUAGAUCUCUCUAUUCUGCCUUAUUUUUCACAUAGUAUAUACCCAGUUCAACUGAAUGUGGCUCUCAGUGGAAAAACUGAACUAAGCUGCACUCGACAUCCACAUGAAGUAAAUCCCUUUCUGCUUAUUUUAUCGGCACAGAAGAGGCCAGAUUCACAGCUGUAACUAUUUAAAGGGUUUGUAUAAUUAUUCCAAAUAAUCAUCUAUUUACUGGAAACAAUUGGCUGCUUUGACUUCUGCAAGAGUAUUUGUAUCUAGACCUUACACCAAAAGGAAAACAUAUGUGUGUGUGCCAUUGAUUUUCAUUCCAAUUAUCUUGUUUAAAGGUUUCUAACAUGUUUUAAAAUUUUGUAACAUUUGUAUCUACCUAACAAUUCAUGAACAGGUAACUUUUAUUCUAUAAAGAAUGACAUAUAAGGCAAGUUCAUUAUUGUAGUCUGUGACAAAACAUUAUAGCGCCGUGCAAAAUAAAUUUAUGUUAACUUUUUUUUACA